GUCCUCCAAACUGCUGCUUCUGAUUUCGCAUUCUCAUGCUGCUCUGACACAGGGUUCCUGUUUUCUCUCGGAGCAGGCAACAUGGCUCCCUGGUGGACCUUCUUGGCCAUGAUCCUCUCAAGCUUCCUCCUGUCUGGUGAUUUCAAGAGUAUCCAAGAUGGCACCAGCACAAAGAACGUGGCGACUCCCGCCAACGUGGGUGAUUCAAAGUUGAAAGCAGCAACUGAGGGAAGUAACGGAUCCUCUCCGUUGCCCCAUCAAGGAAGACGGGAUCCAGAGAAGAAGCACGCCAAGGAGCCUCCUGCCCUUCCAACAGCUCCAGGCGUCUCCACGGAGCCUCUCAGGGAAGAGGCCACCUCCUUCCCCACGGAGAUCGUGACCAAAAUUGCAUCCAAAGGUUCUCCAAAAAACGUGCUGGCAAAAAGCAAACCUAAGAGUCUUCCCCCGAAAACGACCACGGAGUGGUCAUGGCUGGUUGAAGUCACCUCCAAACCCUCUCAGGAGCCUGUUUCCACCCCGACAUUGGAGAAAAAACUUGAGACUUCUGGGCCUUCCUCCAAAGGACAGGAAGGCCUCUUCCGUUCUUCGUUGAAAAAGGUCACACCCACUUUGGCCUUCUCGGACGACCUGUCUACUGUGUCCUCUCAGGAUCUGAUGGAUGAUUCGAGGUUUUCCACAGCUAUCCAGAAGCUCAUCCCCAACACACCUAGGCCAGGCACAAAGUCGAAAAUGAAACUUCCUCUCACAGCAGCUACAUCUGCAAUGCCACAACACCUGGAUGAAAUCUCGUCCACAUCUCAGACUUUGGUGGAGGACACGGAGUUUUCCACGGCCACCCAGAAGCCCAGCUUGGACUCAGGUAGGUCAGGCCUAAAUCCAAGGGCAAAACCUUUCCUUGUCACAGGUACAUCCGAGCCCCAUAAAACACGGAAAUACGACUGGCUGGAUGAAAUGGAGUCGACCUCCUUGGCUUUUUCAACAAGGUCCCCAAAACGAAGCUUGCGUCUUACCACAUCAGGUUCCUCAGCCACCACCCAAGGGACGCCUCCCCUCGCCGAUGACGCCAGCCUUCUGAUUGGAAAGUGUUUGCUGGCCAUCCUUCUGCUGGCUUUGGUGGCCGCCAUCUUCAUUGUGUGCUCCGGCGUCCUGGCCAUCAUGCUGUGGCGUCAGAAGAGAUCCUACCGACUGGGCCAGGCCAACCACACCGAGAUGGUGUGUAUCUCGUCCCUGCUAUCUGCCGAAAAGGAGGAGGAGGAGGAAGAGGAGAGGAGGAGGAGGCCCAAAGUGAAGCGGGUACAUCUUCUCGGGGAGACCGCAUCUGAGACGGACGCGGACAACUUAACUCUGAACAGCUUCCUCCCAGAGCAUUAA